AUUUUUAUCUGUUCCAAACAGAUUAAUAAUAGAUCAUUUCUUAGCUCUUUGAGAUUGAUCUCGUAGGAAGUUUGUAAGGAAAAACCUGCGAUAUGUAUAAAUGAAUAUUGAUGGAUGAACAGAACGUCAAAAUUCUAUACACGUUCAGUUUUGAAACUGGAUAAGAAUACGUGGACGAUUUUUCAAACCCAUCGCUCUAAUUGUAAGAAAAAAGUAUGGACAUCACUUUGGAUGACAGAUUAAACGUAUUGCAACAAAUUAGUCAAAGAAAAUUUGUUGAAAUAUUGGACUCUAUUCCUGGAACGAAAGACUUGGUGAUAGAGCAGAGGCUUAUGAAAAUCUUGGACAGUUUCAUAGGAGUUUCUGUUCUUAAACGCUAUGGAGUUGAAAAAAUCUAUAAAAUGGAACAAGGCUUGAAGCUUUCAAAUUCUCAACACGUAUUUCUAGUUUCAAGCGACCUGAUCGCUUGCAAGAGGGUGUUAGAUCAAAUACAGUCAGAGAUUUCUCUGAAUAUCAGACCGUGCUUGCAGCCGAGUCAUCAUAUACUGGUCGCUCCAUUUGUACCCACUGUCCUUAAUUCGAUUAUCGAAGAAGAGGGCUUAUCCGGAUUGGUUACAUUGCAAACACUCUGCUGGGAAUUCAUAAGAUUAGACGGAAACAUCUUAUCUCUAGAAAAUCCUAUGUUUACUGAUCUCUAUUAUCAUAAAGAUACCACCCUACUACCAGCAUUGGCGCACUGCUUAUGGUCACUGCAACUGAUAAUUGGUGCACCUAAACUAACAGUGUCCCUUGGAAAGUACAGUCAACAAGUACUGAACAUUAUCGAGUCAAUGAAACAAUGUUUAGGCUCGUCAAAUAUAGAAAAUGAAAUAGGAGCUUUAAUUCUAAUGGACAGGAAUUGUGAUCUAGCCACGUCCCUUUUAACUCCAGUAACGUAUGCUGGAUUAUUACAGGAAGUUGUAGAUGUAAACGUUGGAACAGGUGUUUUAGGAAAAUCUCAAACCAAAUUGGAUCCGGAUAAAGAUCAGAUUUAUGGAGAAGUUAGGGACACGCCAUGCAGUGAUGUUUUCCCCAUUUUGCAUGGAAAAGCUAAAUCUCUAAAAUCCGAGCAAGAUGCGAUACAAACGAUGAAGCUGUCCGAAAUGGAGAGAUACGUGACGACAAGAUUACAAAAGACCAGAGAUCUGACGCGUCAGCUUGCUUUUCACAUUUCUGCCUGCCAGCUUAUCGCGGAUACAUUAGGCUCGGAUUUUCAAACUCUGCAGAAAAUAGAAAAAUGUGUGCUUGAAUGCAAAGAGAGGAAAGAAUGUUUCAAUCACAUUGAAAGAUACAUAGACGAUCAUCCAUUAAGAACUUUGCGUUUGUUAUGCUUAUUAUCUAUCGCUAGUGAUGGUCUUACACAGAGUGAAUUGCACUCUGUUCAAAAACUUCAUCUUCACGCACACGGUUACAAGCAUAUACCAUUAUUCUACAAGCUACAGAGUAUAGGUUUACUGAAGUGCAGGGCAGAGAAUAUUCUGUACAAAUUACCGAACUGGACUAGCGAGUGGAAUAGCAAUGCACAAAAAUUGAAGCUCCUACCGAGUGCCUCGAAACAAGCUGAACAGAAAGGUCGUUCGUGCCCCAGUUAUGUAUUCAAUAACGCUUACAUACCUCUAAUCGCUCAAAUAUUAAAUGCUAUUGUAAAUCAAGAUAAGGAGCCGAAAAAUCUUGAAGAGAUAGCUAAUUUAUCCAACAGUGUUAUAAGCGGUCAACGUGGUCCAUUGUUACCAAAGAUGGUGGUGAUAUGUAUUAUAGGAGGUAUCACUUAUGCUGAAAUAACAGCUUGCAGAUUCAUAGAAAAAUCAACCGGAAUUCGACUAGUCCUUGCGUCUGAUAGUGUAAUAACUGGUAAUAAGAUGCUCGAAAAAGUACAAGAAAUCUGAACAUUAAAAAUAAUUUAUAUGAAAAAUAAAAUGUUUUUAUAUACAAUGAGAGGCAAAAAUAAAUGGACACCGUUCAAAAUAGAAUUGGACUAAAUAACUUGAGGUUUUUUUAGAAGCUAUAAAAAUUAAUUUUCAUCAUUUUAAAAAAUUACAUAUUUUAUAGCUUCUCAAAAAACCUCAAUUUUAACCAAAGUAUUCCACUUUGAACAGUUCUGCCUCUCACUGUAUAUAAAAAAUUGCAAAUAUGGAAGUACGGAUAUUUCAAUAAAGACUGAAUUAAUAUA